CUGGAGUUGCUUAAACAGUGACAAGACAUUUUCUUUUUCUUCUUUCAAUGAAAAUACGAAGCCGAUAGUCUCUCGCUUUCUUCAUCUCUCUCUCUCUCCCGUUAACAUGGGGCCCAUGUUACAUGCUGAUACUUAAUUUUAGCGCGACGUGGCCCACAGCCAAGGGCCCGUCGUCCCACGCAUCCACCUCCUUCGUAUCUAUCUCUCGACGAUGUCGCUCUUUUCCCUCCUCUGCUCUCUCGCUCUCAUUCUCUCUCUACCUCCCCCUCUCUCUCCCCAUGCAUGCUCCCUCUUGUGGUUCUCGUGCUGUCAUGGGAGCGAUCGGUUCCCUGUUACCGGUUAGUCUCGGUUAGCAGGCACAGAAAGCGAGAGAAGGAGAAUGAAGGCCGGAAAGGACGUGGGGAGAGAUAGUGAGAAAUCGAUGGACCCUCUCUUUCCUCGCCUGCACAUCAAUGACGCCGACAACGGCGGUCCGAGGGCUCCUCCCAGGAACAAGAUGGCGCUCUACGAGCAGCUCAACGUCCCUUCCCACAGGUUCGGUUCCUCACGUCCGUCGGCGCCGGUUCUGUCUCGCAGUGAUGGCGGCCUCUCCCCCUCUGGCUCCAGCCAGGGGGCUGGUCAUGAUCGAAGCAUCUCUGCAUCACCUUCGGUCCGGCGGACUCCGGCUUUUUCGACUGACAAGGCGCAUUCUUGGUCGUCUAAUGGGUUAAAUACUAAUGUAGCAUCUAGUAGUAGAGAAUCAAAGCUUGCGAAGAACAUCAUUUCUAAAGCUUCGAAUAUAACUAGCCAGCUACCAGAAGCAGCCACAUGUGCUUUUCAUCCUCCCCUGGUCUCUAAAACAGGCGAUUCUGGUGGCUGGAAACUCAGAGGCAAAGAUGAUUGUGCUGUCUUAUGUGCCAACCGAGGAAUUGAAUCACGUCUGGAUGAAGGGAAAGUAACUCUAAAUAAUCCUGCUUUUUCUGGCCAUUGUACUUCUAAUAUACCAAGUACUUCCAAAAUGCAUGUAAUUGGUGGUUGCUACUCCCGGCUUAACAUUGCUGAAGGCCAACUAGUAAAAGAAUCAAAUGUUGCCGAUCCGAAAUCAAGACAUAGUUGUGUAUCAGGAGUGGGUCAUGGAAAAUGUUUAGCUGAAGGAAAGACAAGUGGAAUGAUACAAGUAGUUGGCCCCAUGAAGAAGAUUAGAUCAUCUCCGAAUACAGAACCAGUGGAUUCAGAACACCUUGGGCAUAUGAAGAGCAUGCCAAGUCAAGCCUUCAUAAAUUGUUUCCUAAAUGAUGUCAGUAAUGUAUGCAAGUUCAGAACAUUCAUCCGUCAAGAAUCUACUGCUGGAUUAUCAUCAGAUGAAAACGGACACAAUGGUGAAGUUUCAACUAGGGAUAGAUGGAAUACAGAUGCUGAUGCGAUGAAGAGGGAGGUCUUUUUGAGAAUAAGAAGUAAACUCAGCUCCAGAGAGUUGGCUGAAAAGGCUAAUGAAAACCCUAUUAAGAGUACAUCAAACAGAAAUGUGCUGCCAGAUGAUAGGACCAGAGCUGAUGAUGUGUCUGAGACAUCCAUGAUGGGCUCGAGUUCCAGCCUAGAAGUAUCUCCUGAUGAUGUUGUAGGUGUCAUUGGUCCAAAGCAAUUCUGGAAAGCCAGAAGGGCGAUAUUGAAUCAACAGCGGAUGUUUGCUGUUCAAGUGUUUGAAUUACACAGGCUAAUAAAGGUUCAGAAAUUUUUAGCUGGGAGCCCUGAGUUUCUGAUUGGUGAGGAUCUGAUAGCUCCUCUGGAAAAGAUAGCAGCCGGUAAAGUUCUCCCUGGUUCCAGCUAUGAGUCUGUACCGCUGGAGCCAACCAAUAAACAGAAAGAUGGAUUACCAAUAUCAAGCGAGACUAUCAAAUGCUUAUCUGAUAAUCCUGAGAAGCCUGCUUCGUCUGUCAAUAACAUCAUGAAUAAAAGAUCUGGUGGUCAAGAACCAAGCCAUGGAUGCUCUGAUGGUAGCCCUUCCCAAUGUCACAUCACCACUGAUAGUAGAACCACAGCUUGGUGCUUUCCUCCUCUGGGUAGUCAAUGGCUGGUCCCUGUUAUGUCUCCUUCCGAGGGACUUAUCUACAUGCCCAUCACUAGUCCAUGUUCCCCAACUGCUGGUUUCCUUGCUCCAUUUUAUGGUGCCUGUGGCCCCCUAAGUCUUCCUGCUGUCGGUGGGGAUAUUGCUAAACCAACUUAUGGAUUACUGCCAUCCCAUCAGCAAGGUAGGGUUGCCAUUUUAUCAAGUGCCCCAAGCUACUUUCCGCAGGGCCUUCAUGUUGUUAACCCGAUUGCUUCUAAUCCCAAUGCUGGUGAACAAGCUAGUACACCAUCUGUAAGCCGAGUUAGUGGUCAAGCUGAGUUCUCUGCUGCAGAUGUCAAUAAAAGCAUGCACCCCCGAGGCUCCUACUAUGUGUCCAACCAGAAAGCUGAUGCAUUGUCCUGUCAUAUCUGGACCUUCCAGGCCUCCAAAGGCAGUGACUUCAAUGGAAGCACUUCCAGCAACCACUGUGAGACGGAUCAGGAAGCUGCAGGUCAUGCAUCCAAAGGAAGGGACUCGUUGCAUCUGUUCCCUUUAACUUCAGCAAUGGAGGGGAAAUCCAAUCAGGAACAUGAACAUAGCAAUCAGCAUAAUCACAGCCAGGUGAUCAAAGUCGUGCCACACAAUGCUAGAUCUGCAUCAGAGUCUGCAGCAAGAAUAUUCCGUUCAAUCCAGAAAGAGCGCCAACCAUAUGAUUGCUAGUGACCUUUAUUUCCUAUGGCUUCUGGAGAUAUAUUUUUGGUUCCAUUAGAUGUCUCACUAUAUCCUUUCUAGGGAAUGUGUGAAUAAUGUUAGCCGGUGUAGCAAUGUUGUUACAAAUUACUUGUGUUACCCUUGGUACAAUGUCUGUCUCAUUGUUUGUGAUAGAAAACAUAGAUGUGAUUUAGUUAUCCCGGUUAUCUGUUGCAUUAACUUAUCCACCAAAUAUUGAGAUUCACGUAAAGCAGCACAAGAUUUUGUUAAUGAAUAUGCUUGUCAGUGAGAAGCUUUUGAUCUUUUGUUUCUCGCAUCUAGGUUCUUUCUUCUUGUUAACAAGUCACUUUGUUUGUAAAUGCAUAUGCCUGUUUUCUGC